UUGCGUGUACUCUGUGGUUCGAGUCCGGCUGGUUAGCCGCCCCCGAUCAAAUCAGCCACCUUCUUCCCCUUUCUCUCCAAUUUUUUAUGCCUCCUCCGCCUGCAACUUGCAACCCUCAGAGCCCCCGUACCCAAUCCCUUCUACUAAAAUACUAUUGCCAACUAUAGAAAUUGCAUCCGCAUUCUCGCCUUUACUCUUCCCUGUCCUCGCCCAUCCGCUCCUUCGUCAACACCUUCGCCGCUGCCGCCGCCGCAUUGCCGAGGCUGUCCAGUCACUCUGCCUCCCGGUCUUGUCGAAAAAAAAAACACAUUUAUGGGGCAUGACCAUAUGGCUUGUAUAAAGAUGCAUAUGGCAGAAGAUUCUCUUGGUGUUAGAAAAUGUUGCCAGGAACCUGGGUGCAACGAUGUUGUCGAUGGAGAGCUAGUGUACUGCAAAAUUCAUAGUGGAGGGCUGUCACGCCACCAGCUUAGUCACCUCCAGAGUGCACAGGAGAGCUCAGGUUUAUUCGUGCCCCCUGUUAAAGGCAGCCAGUUUAACGAACCUGUUUCCAGUACAGUGACAUACUCUGAGCAAGAGGUACAUGUCAAGUAUGAAGGGGAUGAUCGAUGUAAACUAAAGGAUAGUUCUGGGAACACUCAGGGUGAGACUACACAAUAUGUCUUCCGUGGGGCAGGCAUGCUUUGUAAGCAUGAAAACUGCAGCAAGCAGGCACAGGAGAACACAAUCUACUGUAGGUUACAUAGUUGUGUUAGCAAGGGCUGCAUGGUACGGGGCUGUCCAAGAGGUGGACAUGGAGGCACGCCUUUAUGCAUUGGCCAUGGAGGAGGGAAGCGGUGUGUUAUCCCUGGAUGCCCAAAUGCAGCAUGUGGCCAAGGCCGUCGUGACCGCUGCGUGAGGCAUGGUGGUGGCAAGAGAUGCAAAUUUGAAGGGUGUGUGAAGGGUGCACAAGGGAAUACAGAUUACUGCAUCAGGCAUGGUGGCGGAAGGCGGUGCAAAUCCGAAGGAUGUACAAAGAGUGCACAAGGACGGACAGAUUUCUGCAUUAAGCAUGGUGGGGGCAGUCGGUGCAAGUUCCAAGGAUGUGGUACGAGCGCAAAAUGGGGUACAGAUUUCUGCUCUAUCCAUAGGAAGAGUUUGUUGAGUGAUGACAAUGCUAUCCCUGAAGCUUUGCCCGCCUCCAAAGAAAAGCGACGUCGGACCAAGAAACCCAAAAAGGCAGACAAGCCAUCUGAGCUCUCCCAGGAGAAUGUCACCACAGCAGCUAUUGCUGGAAGCAGCGCACAACAAAUGGGCGUCUGCCGCAUAGCAACCGUAGUUCCGAACCAUGCAGCACUAAUCAAGGGUGUGACAAUGACGGGGCAAGCUGCAGUUGCUACCCCACAGAUAGUGGCUCCACUCUCCAUGAAAUCUCCAACGCCAUCUGGACCCGUGGUUUCAGCAGAUAGGGAGGCAGGGGCAAGCAAGGCGAUGCUGGGUCUGUAGAAAGAUGGCGGUGGUGCAUAUGGAGGUUUCCAGACGCCUUGCCAAACUAGUCCUCUGAUUAUUGUUUUCGACUGAAAAAUGUCGAAACAUUAGGAGAGUUGUUCAUAUUAACUGGUUCUCGCCGUCAAUUGACUUUAGUCAUGGCUUGUGUUUCGUUCCUCUUUGUCCUGUGAAUCUCUAAAUGUUCUUCUGUGUGUUGUCUUGUUUUCUUGUAGCGUGGAAGCCAGUCAGCGGACUAUAUGGAACUAUGGACAAUAAGCAAGAAAAUUGCGUCAUUGCCUAA